AUGAACAAGAACACUCCCGUAAAGCGGCGGCGUUAUCGGUGCGUCGAGGCAUGCAGCACCUGCAAACGGAGAAAAGAAAAAUGUGACGGUAACAGACCUUGCGCUCGCUGCAUCGAACGUGGCGUCCAUGUGGCUUGCCAACCUCCGCCUCCUCAAACCUCGACGGGCUCUCCAGACAACUACAACGUCAAUUGCGAAGGGUCUGUUGCCUUAGAAGCGGCGAACAGAGAUCGAAAUGUGCAAGACGGAUCGUCACAAGGGUCACUUUAUCCUCUGGCCCUGGUGACGAGCAAUACAUCUGCCACUUCUGUUCCCGAAACGUCACGGCUAAUACAAGACACAAGAGGCAAAUAUAUGUUCAUUGGCGAUUCAGCAAACUUGUCACUGCUUCAAAGCAUUUGCAGUCUCGUCGGCGCGUCCAUAGGGCCGUGUGCGUUUGUUGAAGAUCCGUUCCGAUACCAGAUGGUCGAGUCGGCGCCGGAAGGACCUGCUACUUGGCUUCAUGCUACAGACCACCAGCUUCCGGCCAAACCGAGUUUUGAUGAGGCAGCCUAUUUGAUUCGUCGAUAUAUAAUGGCAACCAAUUGUGUGCUGGAUCUCUUUGACGAGAGCGACCUCCUGGACAAUCUUGCAAGUUGGCUUGACAGCGAGUCAACCCCCACAUCUAUUCUGAGCGCAAUAUACUACCUGGUGUUCGCUAUUGGGGCGCAGACAUGUCCAGAGGAUAAAGACGCACUGGCCAGCGCCUACUUUGACUAUGGUCGGUAUCUCACGGCAUCAUACUUUAUGGAGGAUCCCAGUAUUCCAACUGUGCAAGCAUAUGCCAUGAUUACCAUGUACUUGCUUGGAGCAUCUCGAAGAAAUGCUGCUUUCAUGUAUCUCGGGACAGCUGUUCGUGCCGCUUACGCUCUCGGGUUACACCGAUCUGACAUCGCUGGGCUUUUCACCCCCCCAGAGAUCCAAACCCGGGAGAGGCUAUGGAAGGUCAUGCGCAUCCUAGACCUCUUUAUGAGCGCCUCGUUGGGAAGGCCUCCGUCAACCGAAGAAACACGCAAUACCGAGCUAGACGAGAACUACUCCGCAUCAGUAGACCUAUGCGCCAUCUUCGAAAAGAUCUUGACCGAUAUUUACGCAAAGCGAAUGAUCUCCACCGAGACUCUCCAGAAAAUCAGCCAACACCAUCGUCGAUGGACAGUUCGCUUUCACGGUGGCCUUGAUACAGACCGGAUAAAGGACGAGGAAUUUCUCGACGGCCGUCUGCCUAAUGUUGGCCUAAUACACGUCAAGGAGGCGUAUUACUGGACGAUUAUGCUCCUGACACGGCCAUUCUUCGUGGAUUAUAUUUCCAGUCACAUUGCACUAAAGGCACAGAGCCGGGGUGAUGGAGCGAGAAGUCCUGAUCCUCUCAAAUCUUCUCACCGAGUCUUGGUUCAUGCAUGCGUCAACUCUGCAAUGAGCACAGUGAACCUGCUUAGAAAAUUGCUUGGAUUUGAGGGGAUACCGAAGAGACUUCCUUUUGUCGUCAAUUCCCUCUUUGUCUCGGGUCUCAUACUAGGGUUGUCUUACUUCGGUGACUUGUACAAGACAUAUUCUCUAGAUGACAGUCUUGGUACCGCACUAAAGCUCCUUGCGCUCUUUCCCCAUGAUGCGGUCGCAAAGAGGAAUUUGGCGAUUCUUCAGUCGCUAUUAGAUGCCUGCAAUACUUAUGUCAGGCGCGAAGCAAAGGAGAACAUGGCAAUACAUUCUCAACUGGUGAGUGGUAUGUUUGGGCAAAUUCACGGGGAGGAUGACAUGGAAGAUUCAGUCACGACAAAUACUCCGCAGGAAGGUCCAUCGCAUCUCGGCAGUGUCGAAGACCUCAGGCGACCAGAUGAGUUCAACUAUACUAGGCCACACAGCGCCAUGGAUCAGGGAGCGACUGGUGUGUCCACCAGUGGCAACAGCGAAACCAUUGAAUUAAAUACGCUAGAUCGCGCAGAAACCAACAUCCUCAAUCUAGAUUCGAUAGUUGGUCUCCCGGCAUUCCAGGACGACUUCUCUAUGCUACCAGGCUCCAUGCUACCAGCGAUGUCUCCGAGGACGUUAUGGUUCGGCUCCUACGAAGAAAAUGUGCCGCUAUUCUCGACGGUCGACGCCCGAAAUUUUCUGGAAUAG